UUUAAAUGGGUCAUUCCCACUAAAUGAAACUUGCUGUGUAGAGUUAUAAGGCAGGAUAUUUUAAAUACUAGUUUAGUGACUUAUUAGUAUGCAGUGAAGAUAUAUUUAGGACGAUAUAUAUAUGGUGUAAGCAUCACCUUAUCUGUAUACAAAGAAUUAGAAAUAACGACAGUCGUUUGAAAUGCCAAAAUCACCAGUCAAGAAAACACGUCGGCGCAAACGAGCCGCAAAUUCUCAAGCAUCAGGGCAAGCAAAAUCUUCUUACACUGUACGACCUAACGCUGCGAUCAGGGAAAGAGAAAGAUUGAAAGUAUUUAACGAUUCAUUGGAAGCAUUACAGAAAGUAAUUCCCAUCAACUUACCAGAAGGACGAAAGCUGCAUAAAAAGCAAACGCUGCAGCUCGCUUGUCGGUACAUUCGGUUUUUAAAAGAUGUUUUGGAUGAUAAACGAGAUUGGGGAGAAAGAAGGAGAUUUUGGUGCGGAUCAGAUGCAGAUAUUAACAUGAUUGAAGCCAUUGAUGCAGCUGCGAUAAAAAACACACAAACUCCGACCAAGAACCCGAAAAUUGAACGAACACCUCGUAAAACGCAUAAUCACCAAACAACAACUAAUAUACAGCGCACGAAUACAUCUUAUGCAACACCUGUUCACUAUACGAACGCCAUGUUUAAGCGUAAGCCAAUUUCUCUCCCGCCUAUUCUACCACAAAUAAGCGAUGUGUAUUCAAUGGGUUGCAGACAAAGAGAUACUUACCCUGAUAUUUCGAAUAUGGUGACGUCACACGAUAAAAUGACGUCACGAGUUGAAAUGACGUCACAUAUGAAGCUUGUCCAUAGUGAAGAGUUGGAAAACCAAAGCGAAAACUCAGCCAUUAAAACUGAGAUGACUGAAGAGUUUCCAGCGACUAAAAGAGACGAUUGGGACGUGUGGCCAGAUCUUAUUGACAUUAUAUCUAAGCCAGAAACUUAAUGUGUGGCGUUAUCAAACCCCUCAACUUUAAUUGUAAAAUGUUCCACAACAAUAAACGUAAAACAUGGUUAUGACGCAACAAACGACGUUGUUGCGUAAGAAAACUCCUGAAGUCAUUUUCCAGAAUAUUGCUUGCCGAAUUUCGAGUAAAACACUAAAUUGAAAUAAAAAUACAAAAAAAUGUGUUUGUACAUAAUAAAGUUUGCGUAAAAUUAG